CAUACAUCUGAGUCUGGUAUUUUCAUACUAUGUGGAAAGUUGGCCUAUAUACAUGUUGUGUUAGACAUGAAAAACAUGGCUCCCUUUUCGCCUUGUGGGUCGGUGCUCCAAGCUCUUGCUGUUUUCGGUCUUUUGAUACUCUCACCAGAGCUGGCCUCUGGAGGCAAAGUGCUUAUGAAUGCCCUUCUAGGCGAAGGUAGUCACUUCUACUGCAUGGCGGCGAUCGGGGAAAGUCUGGUCCGGCGGAACCACAGUGUCACCAUGUUGAUUAGUAAUGCUUUCGAGCACCGGGCCAAGGAUGAAAAAUAUUCACAACUCUUCGCCUUUGAGGUAUUCAACCACACCAUGCCUGUUGAGGACGUCCAUGAUCAGUUUAACGCUUUCAACCGGAGAGCCUUCUCUUCGGCCACUUUGCAGAUGAGAACAUUACUGGAGAUCAUGAAAGAUGGACGAGCGAUUGAUUGUGACACCAUAUUGGGGGACCAACGUUUCAUGAAUCGCCUCAGGGACAGUUCUUAUGACAUUCUGGUUUAUGACUUGGUUUGGUUCUGUGGUCCGUUGAUUGCUAAGAGUAUUGGGAUUCCGUAUCUCACCUCGGUUUCUUUUCCCUCACCCUGUACAUACAGUGACAUAUACCUCUGGGAUGGAUCAAUGAACCCAUCCUAUGUUCCUGAAGUAUUCACGGGUUUUACCAACAAAAUGACAUUUGGACAGCGUAUCCUGAAUGUUUUACAAACUUUUCUUGUCAUGGGAGUAGUCUAUGAUCUCAAGAAGCCCUAUGAAGCGUUGAUCGAUAAAUAUAACAUCACGAAAGGCAGUAUUGCAGACGUAAUGGCGCAGAACGAGCUUUUCUUGAUAAGUACGGACUUCGCUCACGAAUUUCCCUGCCCACUGCAUCCAAAAUUAAAACCCGUUGGAGGACUUACGACCCGGCCCUCGGCCCCGUUGUCACCAGAGCUCGAGACAUUCAUGGAAAGUUCUGGGGAACACGGCGUCAUAGUCUGCACAACCGGAACCUACUUCACGGAUGUCCCCAUCAGCAUCGUCAAAGCGUUCUCGGAGGCAUUUGCGCAACUUCCUCAAAAGGUCAUUUGGCAGUUGACAGUAGAACUAGAUGACAUUCCCAACAACGUCAAGGUCUUACCUUGGAUACCUCAGAACGAUAUUCUAGGUCAUCCAAAGACCAAGGUGUUGCUUUACCAGGGUGGUAACAACGGGUUCUUUGAGGCCAUCUAUCACGCUGUGCCCCUCGUCACCUUCCCUAUCCACGCGGACCAAUAUGAUGUCGGUGCUCGCGUGGUGGCUCGAGGCAUAGGACGCAACAUCGACAAAAGGACGAUCACCGCCGAUGUCCUCCUGGAAGCCCUCCAUGAUGUCAUCAGCAAUAUCUCCUACCGACAAGCGAUGACUCGAGUCUCGGCCAUCUUCCACGAUCGACCUCAGCGACCUGCAGAUAGGGCUGCCUUUUGGGUCGACCACGCUAUGAAACACGGUGGAGGUUAUAUGGAUUCCACAUCUUAUGGGCUGAAUUACUUUCAAAGAAAUCUUAUUGAUGUGUAUCUGUUUAUUGGUUCAUUUUUGUGCGCAGUUUGCUGGCUCUUGUAUCGGAUACUAAAAGCAUUCAUCAGUUUUUGUUUCUUCAAGGUUUCGCGACAUAGAAAGUCUGAAUGAAUUAUAUUUUGUUUCUAACCGUUUUCAUAAUCUCAGAAAAAAAUUCCGAUCGAUAAGUGCAAGAGGCUUUAGGCUCUAUGCUGAUUGCAAUAUUUGGGCCUUGUUAAUUUAUCCAAACAUUUUUGCAAAAUAAAAAUGGCUAUAUGUUUGCAAUAUCAAAAUUCAAAUAACAAUGCAAAGAAACUAAGCUCAAAUAAUAUGCAAAUAAAGAACUGAUAUCAGUUAAUAACAUGAACCCUCACCCACUUCCUAACUUUGAAAACUUGUAAAAAUGGCUAGUAUUUCAGCUACAAGUUCACACACAAAUUUAAACACAAAAUGAUAAGCAAUCACAGGUUUAAGUUAACCGCCCCUGGCAUUUCAGAAGUUGAUUUUUGUAAUAUUGUGUAUCGUCAAUUUGUUUUCUUAUUUGUGAUAGACAAGACCAAUAUUGGGAGAAUUUGAAUUCAAGGAGCAUUUUGGGGUAAAAGUUGGGAACCGGUCUAUUUCACCUAAUUUGAAUGUGCUAAAUCUGAUAAGACCGGUUCCCAAGCCAAUUUUUAAUGUCUUGACCACCUAAUUUGCAUAAACAAAAUGGCUGCCAAAUUGACCAUUUAAAAUCUUAUUUCUACAAUAUUCUUUU